UCUUAAGCUAUCAACACUGCUGGGAGGAAACGUCUGGUCUGCGUCGUUAGUGCGUUUGGCUUUGUUAGAGGAAGGCUGCGCAAGAUUUACAAGAAAUGGACUCAGAAAUCUGCUGGCCGCUCUGAAAUAAUUCAUCACUUCUGUAUUUUUUUCAUUUGGCGUCAGAGGUCUGAGGAGGAACGUGUCUGCUCUCUGAUCAGAGAUGAACUGUAUUUGAACCUGGCUGGCCAAUCACAGUCAUCCUCAAGCCUUACCGCUUCUUUGUGAACACUUCGGUUAUCAGCACCCAUGUACAGCAACGGCUACUCCCAGGUGUCCAAGUCCAGCAUGCAGGCCCACAAAAAGAUGCAGUACCGCUCAAAGGGCAAGAGCUGCGGCUACUACUUGCGCAUUGUCUUCUUCUUCUCUUCGCUCAUUCAGUCCCUCAUCAUUGUUAGCCUCGUGCUCUUUCUGGUCUACGGUAAAUCACAGGACUCAGCGUCCAUGUCGCGUAUCCAGGACCUGGAGGAAAGCUUCAGCCGUCUCUCCAUAGAGAAUGUCGCCCUGCGGCAGCAGAGGAAGAACCUGACCAACUUACUCAACAUCACCGUUACUGAGAAGGCCCGUAAUGACUGGGAUCUGGCCAACCUCCGUUUUGUCUCCAACAUCUCAAAGAUCCUCAUCCAAGAUUUGGACAAGAAGUUGCAACAGUGCUAUAGUGAGUUGUACUUUUGCAAGAGCUCAGGAAGUUACAAUAUCCAGUGCAAAACGCCAUUGUAUCCUCCAGAUACUUGUAACUGUGGGCUGCUGGUGGAGCGCCUGAAAGCCAGGCUUGAGCUGGUGGAGUCCAACUUCACACAGACAGGUCAGAGGAUGAGGAUGGAGAUGGAUCAGAUUACCAAAGAGAGGGACAACAUUAACUUGGAGGUCAUCCGUCUGCGAAGGGACAAAUCCACACAUGAGAAGGAGGUGGACUUCUUUAGGCAAAAAUGCAAAGACGACUUUGCCCUGUCCUUGAAUGGCAUCUCCAACGUCUCCAAGGCUUUCCUAGAGAAGAUUGACUCCCUCUUCCCGGCACACAUCGCCUUCCAGCUCACCUGUCCCAGACAGCGGGAACACCUGGAGCAAAUCCGCACCAAUUGCACCAGCCUGUCCAUAGAGGUGGAGGACAAGUUCCAGCGUUACCUGAAUAACGUGGGAGGACAGGUGUCAAGCAUCCAGUCCGAGAACAGCCGCCUGAAGGCAGAGAACUGGCGACUGUCUGAAGACUACCGCUGGUGCAGCACGAACCGCACAGGCCUGAUCCUGCAGAACAGACAGAACAUGGACAAGCUUCAGCGGAAGAAUGAUGAGGACAAGGAGAGACUCCUGUUGGAUAAGAUGAGGCUGAACGGAGAAAUCGAUGUCCUGAAAAACAGCAUCAAAUAUAAAAGCAGAGAGGUCGAUCAUAUUACAGAGCAAUUCAAGCAGCUCAACAUGUCCUGCAUGGUCAGGACAGGGUUUGGUGGAAUCCCGGGAGGCCCAGCCUCUCGACCAGGCUCACCAUAUCAGUCUGGAUUGGGCUUGUCCGGUGGUGGUGGAUCCAGCUUUUCUGGUUUGGGUCAGCCUAGUAGGGUAGGGUCAGGUGGGUUGGGUUCAAACUUCGGCUCAUAUGGGUCCACCUACAAUAAACCAGGAUCAACUGGGGCAGGUAGCUCCCUUGGGUCAACAUACAGUAAACCAGGAUCAACUGGGGCAGGUUCUUCAAGUUCAUCCCUCUUUUCGUCUGGAUCAAGUAGCUCUAGUGGGUCAGCAUACAAUAAGCCUAGCUCAACUGGUGCAGGCUCCUCAAGCACGUCCCUCUUUUCACUGGGGUCAGGUAGCUCUAGCAAGCCUAGCUCAACUGGGGCAGGUUCUUCAAGCUCGUCCCUCUUUUCAUCUGGGUCCAGUAGCUCCAGUGGGUCAGCAUACAAUAAGCCAGGAUCAACUGGGACGGGCUCUUCAAGCUCAUCAGUCUCGUCGUCUGGGUCAAGUAGUUCUAGUGGGUCAUCAUAUAGUAAGCCAGCUUCAACUGGGGGACUUUUCUCAAGCUAUGGUUCAUCAAGCUCGAGCUCAAGUGGAACAGGUUCAAGUAAGCCAGCAGUGAGUGGGAAAUCACCCUAUGGGACAUCCUUAGGGUCAAGUCCAAGCCUUAGCUCAAGUGGGAUAGGCUCAAAUAAGCCAUCAUCAACUGUGAAAAGCUCCUCCAGCUCUGGAUCAUCCUCUGGGUCGUCUACAUCAACGAGUAAAAGUGGGUCAUCUAGCUCUGGAUAUUCCUGGUUCGGGUUUGGAGGCAGUAAUUCAGGGCAAAGUAAGUCAGGAACUGGGACAGGGAAAGGACCGUCUACUGGGAAUAGUUAUGGUGGAACUGGAUCAUCAGUUGGUGCAGGAAGAACCAGUGGACUGGGAAGUGGCCCAAUCAGUGUUGCUCAGCACCUUAAAGAUCUGCAGCGCCUCAUCAACCCCUCUGGCCCAGAGGAGAAACAAGAUCUCUCCAGAAUGUUGGGUUAGUCCAUUUUAAAGGAGGUAAACCAAAACUCAGAGAUUUAUCUUCAACUGCAUUUACUCCGCACACCUAAAUGCAAGCCUCUCAUAUUGAUUUAACAUAUUUUAUACCUAUAAAUGUACCAAAUAUGAUACACUGUGACAGUAUUAUUCAAUUUGCAUUUAGGAAAGUAAUUUGAAUAUCUUUUGCACUUUAGAAUGUAAAAUGUGAAGUUUUCUGUUAUGAUUUGUAUCUACGCAAUAUGAACAAGCACAUAAUGUAUUUUUAGACUGUAAAUAAAACCUUUGUUUGACCGUAAACACA